GGGCGCGGCGCGGCAUGGAGCGGCGGGUGGGGGCUGUCUCCCGGGCGGGCAGGUAGCGGGGGCCCGCUCCGAGCCCGGCCGCCAUCGGGGGGCCUCGGGACCCGCCCGCCUCUGCAGCCGCCGGGGACAGGUGCAUGUGACAGCAUUGCAGUGAUGAGCGGGAUUUUAAAGAGGAAGUUUGAAGAAGUUGAUGGGACUUCACCUUGUUCCUGUGUGUGGGAAUCUGAUGAUGACAUUUCUAGCAGUGAAAGUGCUGACAGCGGAAGUAAUGUCCAUCCAUCCACUUCUAAUCAUUUUACUCGUGCAUGUGACAGCAUUGCAGCGAUGAGUGGAAUUUUAAAGAGGAAGUUUGAAGAAGUUGAUGGCUCCUCACCUUGUUCCUCUGUGCGGGAAUCAGAUGAUGACAUUUCUAGCAGUGAAAGUGCUGACAGUGGUGAUAGUGUCAAUCCAUCCACUUCUAAUCAUUUUACCCCUUCCUCAAUCCUGAAGAGGGAGAAGCGGAAGAGAACAAAAAAUGUCCAUUUUAACUGUGUUACUGUGUAUUACUUCACGAGAAGGCAAGGCUUCACCAGUGUUCCCAGCCAAGGGGGAAGCACACUGGGAAUGUCUACUCGCCACAACAGCGUGCGCCAAUACACGCUCGGAGAGUUUGCGAUGGAACAGGAGAGGCUUCACCGAGAGAUGUUAAGAGAGCAUCUAAGGGAGGAAAAACUCAAUUCUCUAAAAUUAAAGAUGACAAAGAAUGGUACAGUGGAAUCUGAAGAAGCUAAUACCCUGACACUGGAUGAUAUUUCCGAUGAUGAUAUUGAUCUAGACAACACUGAAGUAGAUGAGUACUUCUUUCUACAACCCCUGCCGACAAAAAAGCGAAGGGCGUUGCUGCGAGCUUCUGGAGUGAAGAAGAUUGAUGUGGAAGAAAAACACGAGCUGCGGGCCAUCCGCCUGUCCAGGGAGGAUUGUGGCUGUGACUGCCGUGUGUUCUGUGAUCCAGAAACUUGCACGUGCAGUCUUGCAGGCAUAAAAUGUCAGGUGGAUCGUAUGUCUUUUCCAUGCGGUUGCACUAAAGAAGGGUGUAGCAAUACAGCAGGUAGAAUUGAAUUUAAUCCUAUCCGUGUACGGACUCACUUUUUGCACACAAUAAUGAAACUUGAAUUGGAGAAAAAUAGAGAGCAGCAAGUUCCAGCACUAAAUGGGUGCCACAGUGAGAUAAGUGCACACACUAGUUCUAUGAGUCCAGGACCCCAUCCGGCUGAAUAUUCAAUUGCAGAAAAUUUUGAGAUUGAAACAGAACCUCCGGCUGCAGUUAUCCAUUCUCAGGCAGCCGAGGACUUGGGCUGCCCAGGGGAAGAGGAGGAAGAGGAAGACGGGAGUAGCUUUUGUAGUGGAGUUACAGAUUCUAGCACACAGAGUUUAGCCCCUAGUGAAUCAGAUGAUGAUGAAGAGGAAGAGGAAGAUGAGGAGGAAGAUGACGAGGAAGAAAAAGCAGAUGAUUUUGUAGAAAGCAUGGGCUCCCAUGCUGAUAUGGUGCCUCUUCCUUCUGUGCUUUGCUACUCUGAUGGAACUGCUGUGCAUGAAAACCACUCUAAAAAUGCCUCAUACUAUACUAACUCUUCAAAUCUGUAUUACCAAAUAGAGAACCAUGUUGCUGGCACUGCUAACCAGAUCGGUGAGACUUAUUCAGAAAGGGAUGCUGUCAAGAAUGGUAGCCUUUCUCUGGUGCCUUACAACAUGACUUCAGAACAGUUUGUUGACUACACACGGCAAUCAGAGGAAACUUUUAGCAGCCCUCACUACCCUUCUGCAAAUCCCUCAGUGAUUGUUUGCUGCUCAUCUUCUGAAGGUGAUAGCAGUGCUCCAUGUAACAGUUUAUACACUGAGCAUAGGCCAAGUCACCCUCAAGUGGAAUUUCACUCAUACUUGAAAGGUCCUUCUCAAGAUGGCUUUGUUUCAGCUUUGAAUGGCGACAGUUGUGUACAAGAGCACCCUGCUGAGAAUUCGCUCAACCUCCCAGAAAAGAGCAGACUGCACGAAGAGUGCAUCAAAUCACCAGUGGUAGAAACGGUACCUGUUUAAUAUUAAAAUUAUUCUAGGACUGACUGCCUGUAUUAAAAUGCACUCACAUUGGAUUUCCUAGAAUCAUACUUUUUUAAGAGGUAGACAACACGUGGACUAUAGUCAAUGUUCCAGACACAUUUUGUUUUCUCAAGCUACACUGGCAGUGGUAUUGCACAAAAACAGUUCAUGUAAAGAUUUAAAUAAAAAUAAUGAAACUUUUUGAUAACACAUAAGUUAAAAACACACCCAACAUAUUUCAAAGUAGCCUACCUGUCAAAGUAUGUGAAACCUGCCAAGCUAUCUGAAUCAAAGCUUCGUGUUUUUGAUUGUCGGGCCUGUGCAAGAUUGUUAAAAAUGAUACUUUGAAAUAAUCAUGUUUAGAGUCCUAAUUUUCAACAUAUCUGAAAAGAUGGUAAGUUUAAUGUAAAAGUAACUACUGUACAAAAAAGUUUUAAUUGUUCUGUACUGUAUGUAUUUUAUUUAUGGUAGUUUAGUACUCACAUUUUGAUAAAAAUGAACAGCAUGUUCAUUUGAGCAGAAGAUCCAUAGCUAGUUACAAAGAGCAUGUCCACUUUUCAUCUGGAGUACCAUGUAUUCUUCCUUUUUUUGUUUGUUUGUUUUUUAAAUACCAUUUCUGGUAAAUUAUCUUGAAAUGCAUUGCUAGAGUGUACUAUUUUCUCUUUUACUGUUCUUGACAAACAGAAGAGUCAGAAAGGGGGCAUUUACAUCUUCUAGAAAGGUGAAAGGUAGACAAUCCUCCAUUAAAAUUAAAAUCAGUGGCAUUCCAGAACUAGUAUUCCCUCCCCAAAGAAAAAUUAUCUUGUAUAUAAUGGCAAAGCAUUAGCUUAAGCUUGCACAGCACCUUUUUAGCCCAGCAAACAUUCAGAUACUUAUGCACUUUAGUGCCAUUUUGCAGUACUGUAUUAACUGCGGGAACUGUGAAUUAUUUUGGAGAAAUGCCAUAGCUCCAGAGUCUGAGGUGUAUGUAAGAUCUUAAAAUUCAUUGUAACAAAACCUGUGUGUUUUUCCCAAGCCAGUUUGUGGGUAUGUCAGUAGGUAAUUUAUAAAAGCAGAGUCUUGCUGAUCAAAGUUUAAAUGAAGCAUGGAAAAAAAUGUGGAAGUGUCUAGAUUUCCUAAAUAUUUAGCAGUUUUUUAUGAAAUAUGAGACUGGCUUUUGUGGACUUCUGAUUGUGUCUCAAAUGUACAGAGUCAUUUGGUCUAAUUAGGAACCAGUGGAUUCAGUGAGGAAAGAGCUUCAGAAAUUUUGUAUCUGCUAAAGUUUGCAAGCAAACUAGCACGUGCAUCAUAUGGAUAUUCGUUACUUUGUACUCCAUUUGUUUUUAAAUGAAAUGGGAAUUAAAAUACCUGCUGUAUCUCGCUGUAUCUCAACCUUUAAUUUAUUAACCAACCUUGCUUUCUUCUAGAAAAGGAGGUAUAGGAACCUGCGUUUCUCUACACUGAUAAUCCUGCACUGCCUUACUUUGAUUUCAAAGUUUAUUUAAACAUUUUUGUUCUUCUAAUAUGAAAAUUGGGUUGAAAUGUAACCCUGUCUUGUUUGUCAAAAUAAGGAUCAGCAUCUUAGUUUUUAUUUGUGUCAAAUCUAGAUGGUUAACAGUAUGCAUGUAAACACAGUGUAAAUUUUAGCUCUGUAACUGUGACUUCUGGUUAGAAGCUCGUUAAGACAUUGUGUACAGUACUCCAGUAGAAAAACUGACAGGUUUAAAAUAUGCUUUCAAAAAAAAUAAGCUGACUUCAUUGUUUUGAUAUGAAAUCUGGGCAAAGUGAUUUCCUAUUUUUAUGCUAAAUUAGCAAAAUAUUUUUACUCCAUGUAGUAGCUGGAAAGGUUUUUUAUUUACUUGUUUCCACAAGAAGUCCUACAUGUUUUAUAUGAACUGCAUUGAAAAGUCCUGAUUCUCUAGGGACUGGAUUCCAUGCCUGCAACGUAUUCGAUCUCCUGGGGAAGUGCAGUCAUGGUGGUUAUCAUCUGGCUCAGCAGUUCUUUAGCCUCUCUUCCUCUUAGACACAGAACACUCUAGUCUUUCCCUAAAGGCCGAGUAGCCAGGUAAGCACGUGUAUUCUCCAGUUCCAUAUAGCAAAUUCCCAACUUUAUUUUUAAAGGGAAACAUGUUAGUUCAUAAAAAGUUCUGUAUCUAAGAAUAAGAAUAAUAUUAUUCUGUUUAGGAUAUUCUAUGGGCAAAUGUAACACCUCCGUGUAUAUCCGCAUCUUGUAUUAACAACAGGUUUAAAUCUGGCACUCUCACUCAACACCAGCACCAAAAGCACAAAUCCCUUCUACUUGAGCUGGGACAGUAGCUGUGAAUCAGUAGCAGCUUUUUAACCUCAGAGUGUGUUGGCUACUGGAGGAUCACGCACAUUUUACCAGGGUAUUUCUCUCAGGGGAAACUUAAAUGAAAUAUUUUGUUUCAUUAUUCACCCCCUUACCGAGCAAUAAGAAGUUAUUUUCUUGGCCCCUGUGCUUUCACAUGGAAAAUAUCUUUAAUAAUAUCAGCAAGCACAGUAAGUGAUUAACUUUAUAAAAUACAUAUCAGCUACCUUUAAAAUAUUGAGAUGAUAGUUAUUUAAUAUUUCCAUUGGCACAGGCUUCAGACUCCAGGCCUCCUUAAUAUUAGCAUCUGUAUAAAUUUCCGAGUACUUUGAUGUGUAUGUUCCGUGCCAUUGGGACAUCAGGGGUGAAUACAACUAAAUUCUCUAAAGGUUGCAGCACAGGAUAACACGCACUAGCUUCUGAUAGGGUAGAGAAGGCAGUGACUAUUUAAAGAACUUGCACUACACUAUAUUUGCUGGCUUAAAGUAGUUAAUUCCUGGGAGUCACAAAGUAAAAUGUGCAGAAUAAAGAUUUAUGUUGAAAAAAUAUUCUGUACUACCUGGUGAUAAGGUAGAUUAGAUAGUUAGUAAUACCUUUCUUUUGAUCCAGUCUGAUGUUUUGUGAUCAAGAUUUGAUCUCAGGACACAAAGUAAACAAAUCUUGUUUAGUUCUUGCAACAAGUUACAAAGUCAAGUCUGUUUAAAAUUCACGGAGAUUUUCUGGUAGCUGUGCUAAUAAUAUCAACAAGCCUGAAAACAGAGAGAGAAACCCAGAAACCUCUUUUUUCAAUAUAGGCCAAACGUGUUCCCCAGGCAAUUCUAUACCAGCAAAUAACAAAGGUAAGGCCUUUUCUAGCAUGUAUGAGUUGACUAGAGUCAAAAAACCUGCCAUAGUCACAGCCCCAACCAAAACAGAUAGGCUAAUCUAACUGUGAAACCCGGAGCAGGCCGUAGAAAUCAAGUGAGAGUCAAGAUUCCCACCCCUUGAUUAGACUUUCACAUUUUGUUUAGAAGAAAAAAGUAGUUUUCAUAUAAGGAAAAAUAAACAUAAAUCAUGCGAUGGAAAAUAUUUUAAUGGUAUUUUCUGGGCUAGUAUGAUACUACUAUGGGCUAAUAUAUGAUACGUCCCAUUUCCCAGUUGGUUAAUAUUCAUGUUGAUAACCAGUCCUUUCCUUUUGGGUAAUCUUAUUUCUUCAUGAUAAAAGUAUUACGUUACUAAAUGAUAAACAGCAGCAUUUGCUUCUGUAUUGACACAGCGUAUCAUUUGUGGAAAUGUUUACUUUAGUGAUAUCAGCUUUAUUUCCCAAGAUACCUGGCUACUGAUAAUCACGCCUAAGAAGCCAGGUAAUACAUUGGGUAGAUAGUUCACAAUUACAAGACAUAGUUCAGAAAAAAAUGAGUCAUAACAAAAGCAUUUCCCUCUGUUAAAAUAAAACAGAAUUUUCACACAGAAGAUCCCUGGUACAGCACCUAAAACUGUGUGUGUAUAAUAUAUAUAUAAAAUGUGAACUUUGCCUCUUGGAAAAAAUGCAUUGUUAAAGUUUAUAUAUAAAGCUUUAACUGACAUUAGACAUAAAAUUAAAGCUUUUCUGGCAAAAUUGCAGCAAUUGCAAUUGUUUCCUAAGACCUACAACUCAUGCCUACUGGACCAUUCUUAAAAAAUAAAAGCUGGUCAGUAAAAGUUUCUAAUAUUUCUUUCCUUUUAAAAUAAAAUAAAAUAAAAUUUUUUGAUGAGCGCUAUGCCAUUUUGAUCAGAAAAUUCUAGAUUUGUAAAGUUUUUAAUAUUUUUCAUUUACUUAAGUCCUGCUAGUGAAUCAUAAUUUGAGUUUACUUUUAUUUGUUUUAAGGCCAUUGAUUACACUACCAUAGUACCAUCACUUGCUAUAAACGUGGUUCAGCCUGCUCACUGAUCUGUUAACAAAACGAUCCUGUCUUUUGUCUAAGUUCUGCAGAAAUUGCAUGGCGUUGUUACUCACUCGAUUGCUGACUGAUCCAGAUCCAGUUUCUAAUCUUACCUGGGUGUUGUAUUUUGGUAAACGUGCUAACAAACUGAUCAGGUAGCAUUCCCUGCCUCGCAGUCGAGAGGCUAUCUUCACAGCUAGUUUGUUAAAGAUUGUAUACGUACAUUUGUAUGCAAAACAGAACAUGUGUUAUGUUUUUUUAAUAUUCCAGAUGUUUCUGACUCUUUGAUAGAAAUGUGAAUACGGCAUAGAGAGUAUUGGGCUCAGAUAGAGGAGACCUGGGUUCUGUUGGCUUUGCCUUUGUCCUGCUGUGUCACUUCCAUUUUUCUAUGCUAUGGUUUGUAAGGUACUCAGAGACAAUGUGAUAAAAAAAAUUCUAUAAACCAGGCAAAACACCAUUUUUUUCCUCUUUUUUUGGCAUCAUAGCUAAAUUUUUAUACUGCAAACUAAGUCACUUUCCCAAUAAAGCCCAAUCCAGCUCAAAAAUGAAAAGAAAUUUUCUCACUAAUGUGAAACACAGCAAAAGCAAACUCUCCUUUCCAUGGACUGGGUUAAUGAGCAAAAGUUUAACGAUAAAGUUCGCAGUGAAAAUUAGAAUAAAAGCUGUGUUGAAUAUACAGCAUUUACCUGUGCAGUGCAUAACAUCUGAGCAGCAGGAUUGCAGUUUGCCUGCAACACCAUACUUGGCAGCAACAGGCAGUCUUACUCCUCUGCAUGUUGUCUUCUUUUGCCAGCUGAAUUCUCCCUGUUGAAACUCCUUGUCUAUGCUGCUCCUGUAGCGAAGCAGGCGUCCUUACUCAGAGCUAAAGCAAAAAAGACCCGUGAUAUUGUUUUAAAAGGCAUUCGCUAAAUAAGAAACUCCCAUGUUAUAGCUCAUGAGUUGUAUACACUCAUGAUCAUUGUGCCAGUUGUUUAUUUUCCUGAAGCAGUCAGGAACAGGUACAGAAGAGGAGUGUUAAUAUCCUUAAGUGUUUAGGAGUGUUAUGCUUUCCCACUGGGACUAAAGAGUAAUUCUGUCAUCUACUUUAUUAUGGUUGCAGAACAUUUGAUGUAAAAUACUUAGAAAAACUAGAAUUAACUCAGAGAAUAUAUUCUAUGGAAUUUAUUUCUAAAAUAUUAAAUCUGAUUACUAUUUUUUUAAAAUGGUAGAAAUCUAGUGUUAUUUUCAAAACAGAGUCUAGUUCAUUAACAAGGUUCUUGGCAUGAGAAAUCUCAACAUUUGCCUUUUCAAUGUUUCCAAAUUUUUAACAUAUUCCUUAAUUUUGCUGUUUUCUGUACUCGCUGUCCAUGUGCAAAUUACUAAUUGUCCAUUUUCUCCAAGAAGUGUGAAGUCCAAAGCAUGAACAUUGUAAAGUGAUGAACAAGUGCGAUUUAGUUGUAAAGACGUCUGAGUCAACACACGCUUGAGUUCUUCAUAAGUGCUUCCUGUUCACUGUCUCUUCCCACUUGUGAAUCAGAGGUGGCUUUCAAUUUUAUUGCUAAUAAAUAUGCCAGAGUAUUGUUUUCACUUAAGGAGGAAAGUUAUAACAUCCUUGAGAACUUUCUGCUACCCUAAUGGCUGAUACCAAGAAUUUUGCUUUUUAUAAGAACAUCCAAUUCAUGAAACAUCUGUUUUGCAGCUUGUUCUUUUUUCUUCCUUCCCCCAUUCAUCUUUCUGUUCUGGGAAAGGUCUGUUGUACAGUAAGGCUUUUGAUUAAAAUCGAGCACGAGGGUAACUCUAGUGUCCUCCGUGUUAUAUGUCCUUUAUUUUGCUAAAAGACUUCAUUUUGUUUUUCACUUAACAUUAGCAUGUAGAUAGAUCGGAACUGUGGUGAAAAAUAGUCCCCCGUUGGCUGUGAAUAUGAGAGUCAUGAGGGAGUGAUGCCAGUGGGGGUCUAUAGACUCUCCCUUUCCAUACACAUAAACAAAUAGGAAGGAAAUCUGCCCCACAGGCUGCAGAGAUGUGGUAGGGGGUCCUUGUUGUCUCCUGAGGCAUGUAGAUCCAGGGGAAGAAUGUCAUUCUUUAUACAGCACAGCCCCCAGUACAGCAUGAAAAUCCAAGAUUAGGGAAAGCAGAAAACCAUCACCUAGGGGAACACAAAGUUUCCUUCAAACUACUGUUAAAAUUUUUUCUCUUUCUUCUAAUAUAAGUAAUAAAUAAUAAAUUAAAACCACUCUUUUAUAACAUAGACAUGAAUUAGAUGUUAAAAAGGAAGAGUUAAAAGCAUUGCUGUACUGCUGUAUAGGAUGGUACCCACUACACAGAAAGUCCUAUUGACUGGAGAACCAUAUUCAUGAUGCUCUGUAUUGCCACUUCUCAAUUGAGAAGCUGAUAGUCCUUCAUCCAGGGCUGGGGUUGGCAACAAAAAAAAAGGUCAGAAGGCAAGCUUCAUUUAUUUACUCAAUUAUUUUAAUGGGGAUCUUAGCAAUGACAGUUUUGUUUUACUUAGGUAUUUUAUGAAUGAAUGUCAAAUAGAACCAAGUCAAAAGAAGUUUCCCUCCUGUGUAUGUUCUUCUCAACAAGCCAUGAAGACUGGAUUAGCUCUUCCUGAUGGACAGGAAAAAUGGUGGAAGAUACAAAUGAACAUCACUGUUCUAACACAAGAAUCCUUUGUCUUGAGGCAUGGGUGGAUACACCCUGGAGUGAAUGAGUGGAGGACAGAAAGGGCAAUUUAAAGGAAAAGAAGGGUGAAGCCUAGAGCUAGAUUGAUGAGGACAAUUUUUUUCUUCUAAAGGGCAAAAGAAAACAUCAUAUAUAAAAGAAAAGGAAGGGAAAAAAGGAAAUUAAGAUAUCCCCAGAGCAAGGAUGGAAAAGUAUAUGCAUGUUCACUACAAGCUUGGCCAUGUUAGAUCAUAAUAUUAAUUCUCUUGUUUAAUAUACUUAAAACCAAACAUGAACUCAGUGCAAACAGGAAAUCUCAUUUUGAUAGACUAGUUGUAUACAGGCGGACAUUAAAUAAAAGACUUAUCCAAAAGCAUGGGGUAAAAACUACAAAGCAAAGCAACGCCCUGGAAGCAUGGCUAUCUCAUCUUUGCCAACUGCAAAGUCACGUUCAGUAUCGUUUUAAUUAACCCUGCUCCCAGGCACAUGUUCUAAUAUAACAUGUUUCUCAGCUAACAAGAGACACUAAAAGGAAAGAAUAAAUAGGUGUCCUUUUUAUUAUCAUUUGAGCUUGGGCUUUUCAAGUGAGACUUACUACAUUAUGGCAGCUAAUUCUUCUAGGUUUUUCCAUCUUAAACUUUUUAAAGACGUUCUUAAGAAUGAACUUUUGGGUUGGAGCAUGGGUGAAGGUCAGCCUUGCUGGGGUACUGGGCGUCACUGUAACGAACCAGCCAUCUCUUUGUGAGUUUCUGAUCUACAGAUUGAGCACGAGUUUUUAGCUUCUUGAAAAGAUUGCAUCAUGGUGUGCACUGGCAGCUGGUUCUCUUAAAACAAAACCAGAAGCAAGCAUGCUGUUUUUUCAAGCCAUUUCACACAAAUACCACCACUUCAGUUCUCACAUAACAAUGCCCAUGUAAACAAUGCUUAACAACUGGGUCCUUCUUUUAAUUGACUGAUUGUAGGCACUUCUAUGGAAAUACGUCUGAAGUGUAGUUUGUGAAACAUGUUAAAAAAGUGUUUGAUGUAAAAUAAGCGCUAGACAUUUAACAGUGCAAAAAUAGUCAAAAUCUGUAGAUUACAAAUCCAUUCCUAAGAGCCUCAGCCUGUAAUAUUGUCUUAGUAAAGUCAGUCUUUUAACUUAAAUUGCAGUCUGGUGUAAAAACCUUUUACAAAUAAAAUUAUUAAUACUUAUGUACUUGUUAAUACCUGUUAACAUAAAACAAGACAAUUGGUUAUAUUGAUUUGUUUCUAUCUACAGCUAAUAUGUAUCAAUUUUGCAAAAAACACAAACAAAACCAACACUUACUACAUUUUUUAUGUUUAAAGUCUUUUCAUUUUUUUAACAAACUACAUAACAUUUACACCGUCUAGUCCAGCCCUGUCUUUUAGAAGGUUCAUCUCUCUCUCUGUGUAUAUAUAUAUAUAUUUUACAUAUAUAUAUAUUUCCCCAUAAGACUAUAAAAUUGCUUUUGAAAUUUUUUUUUGGCAAGUGAAAAAUAAUACACCACAGCAUGAAUUCAAAAGCUCUUAAGUUGAUGGUCUUUCAGACAUGUAAUCCAUUCAAAUGGGACUCGUAAAAUUGUGGUGUAAUUGCAGCCAUUUGUUUAAAAUUUGUACAUUACUUCUAACUUUACUAAUUUUCAAGAAAAAUAAUUAUGUUAAGUACUUAACAUUUUCCAUUACAGAUGAUCUUGCAUACUGAAAUUAUGGCAAUCUCAACAGUAAAGCAAAUAUUUAAAUUGACUGCUGCUUUUAGACUGUUUGAAGAAGCAAAGGGAAAGAAAGUUCAUCUUAAAAUCUGUACAUGGAAAUAAUUUUAAGCUUCAUGAACUAAGUAUUUCCUUAAUUUCCUUUCUCUUUUUGUAAAACAAGUUGUAACAUCAACGAUGCCAAAGGGUAAUAUAAGCUACAAUAAUAUUCAACAGAACUUAACCGAGACCUUAUGUUGUAAUAAUUUAUUCAAAUUAACUGUAUUCUUCUGUAUUUAUAUUUUCGGUAUUUAUUAUGAAUGAUAUGGAAUUUGAUGUAUUUAUUGUGGCUUAUUACUGCAGUGUAUAUAUUACAAAAAUGAGCAUUUUUAAGUUUUAACAUUAGGUUUUUUGUUAAUUAGUGGCACUUGUAUUGGCUGUA